AUGUCAAAUGAGCAUCUGCUGGAAUUCGCCUGGGGGCUGGCCAACAGCGGCUACACCUUCUUGUGGAAUGUACGGCCGGACCUUGUCAAGGGCCACGACAACGCCGUACAUCUGCCGGAGUUCUCCGCGGCGACGAAGGGGCGAAGCAUGCUCUCGCCAUGGUGCCCGCAGGAGAAGGUGCUGGAGCACGAGGCUGUAGGGGUGUUUCUCACACACUCCGGGUGGAACUCAUCGUUGGAAGGCAUCUGCGGCGGUGUGCCGAUGGUGUGCUGGCCCUUCUUCACGGAGCAGCAGACCAACUGCCGGUACAAGUGCACCGAGUGGGGUAUCUGGAUGGAGAUUGGGGAAGAGGUGACAAGGACCGAGGUCAAGGCCAUUCUGCGGGAGGCCAUGGAGGGGGAGAAGGGGCAAGAGAUGCGACGGCGUGCGCUAAAGCUCCAGGAGAGCGCUGUUGCCUCAGCGCGGCAUGACGGAAGGUCCAUGCGCAAUGUUGAUAGGCUCAUCCAUGAGGUGCUGCUGGCUUGA